ACGGUAAUACCUCCUCGUGGUGCCCUUAAACUACCGCCCUCGACCGCCACUACGCUGACCUUUCUCGUCAGCGUCAUGCUCAGUCCCCCCCCGGUGCCUCACGUCCCCGAGGCGCCUCCUAGCCAUGGUGCAGUGUACACCUGCGCCCUCCUCAGUAGUGGGUUUCCCGACAUCUCCGUCGUGGUUCGCCCCUCUCGCUACUGGAGUUGAGGUAUCGCAGGACUCGACAGAGUGUACUCAGCUCUCUGUCGCAGUACCGUCUGCGCCUCCGCAGACCACCGUCUCCCCUCCUUCCCCUCCGCGACUACCGACGCGUCGAGCCAUUCGCUCAGCCUGUUCCAGCGAGCAGCUUGCUACUCGCGAGGACGUUGUGUCCUCUAUUAUGGACUUGAGCAUGCUCCAGGCUCGUCAGGAGCGACUCACCCUCCAUGUCGCUGCACUGCGUCGCCUUCCCGCCAUCCUCUCUGACCCUGAUCGCACCCUCCCGAUCAUCCCCGUACGACUCGGGACCUCCACGAGGGUGUACUCCGCGCUGUGGGAUUCCGUUCCUCAGAGCGACUUCAUUCACCCACGCGUGGUGAAAGAAGCUCGCUUACCCACGACAGGGUCUCCGACUCCCAUCAACGUUACCUUAGGGGAUGACAAGACCAAGCGCUUCUUCGAUCAGACGGUCACCGACCUCCCUUUCUUCCUCACUCUCGAGCCGACUGAUCGUUCCCCGGCGUCUCGUCGCCACCGCUCCUCUGCACAUUUUGAUGUGAUGGAGACGAGGUACGACUUCAUUCUUGGCACUCCGUGGUCUCGUCGGUUCCGCAGCACCGAGGCCGAUUGGGAGACCAACACUCUCGUUCUCAAAACGAAGUGUGGACAGACGUAUCGCGUACCUUUCAUAGGUGCCACUGCGACACCUCGCCCCGAUCCUCCUCUCCCGGAGCCUUCUGUGCCCACACCAUCUCCCUCUAUCACUGUCACCUCACCUCGGCAGUUCGCUCACUUCAUUCGACAGGACGACGUCACCUUCCUUAUGGUGGACGUGACGGAUCUCUUACACUAUGAUCCACCUUGUCCCGACGCCGAGCUCAUCCCUCUGGAGUCAGAUCCUCCCUCUAUCUCCAUGGCUCCCAUCUGUACUUCCGUCCCUCCGCCGUCCGUCGAGUCCACCCCGCCGUCGCGCGCUGAUGCUGACGCUGAGGAACUCGCACGAUAUACGGCUGACUUGGAGCCCGCAGUUCGUGACCUCAUCCGAGAGUACCACGACGUUUUCCCGUCGUCGUUUUCGUACACCGGCAUCCCACCGAUGCGUGACGUCGAGCACUCCAUUCAGCUUGUGCCUGACUAUCGUGUUCACCACCAGGCACCCUACAGACUUUCGAUCCCCGAGGCCACCGAACUCAAGCGUCAGCUUGAGGAGCUCUUGAGACUGGGUUUCAUUAAACCCAGCAACUCCUCGUGGGGUGCACCCGUUCUCUAUGCUCGCAAAGCGGAUGAAACUCUUCGUCUCUGCAUCGACUACCGCGGCCUCAACCGCUACACGCUCCGCUUCUCGUCGUCUUACCAUCCUCAGACUGAUGGUCAGACCGAGAUCACGAACAGGACUCUCGGAGAUAUUCUCCGAAAGAUUGUUCGUGACGACCAGCAGUGGGAUCUCCAUCUUGCCCACGCGGAGAUUGCCUACAACCGCGCCGUCCCGCCAGCCACGGGGAUGUCGCCUUACUAUUGCGACCUCGGCUAUCACCCGCGUGUUCCCGCGGACUUCCUUCGACCGUCCCAGAUGCACCCYGACAUGAGUUGUCCGGCGCUGGAUGAUUGGGUUGCACACAUGACGUCGAUUAUGAAGACCGCACAUGAGCACAUAGCCGCUUCCCAGACUCGCAURGCAGCACGUGCGAACCGAUCRAGGAUGGAUCACCCAUUCAAGGUCGGUGAUGAUGUGCUUAUCGACGCCCGCCACUUACAUCUCGAAGCGAACACGCUUCGCAAGUUUCGGCGUCGCUUCUUUGGCCCAUGCCGCAUCCUCCAGGCCGUUGGUUCUGAUACGGCAACUAGCCCGGUCAGCUUUCGUGUGAAGCUGCCCGACUACCUACGCCAAGCUCGUGUGCAUGAUGUCUACCACGUCUCGUUACUGCGUCCUUACCGCAGACCGUCYGAGCGUUUCGCUGGACGACCAUACGAGCGCCCUACACCCAUCAUGGUGGACGGCCACGAGGAGUUCCUCGUUUCAGACAUCAUUGGUCGCCGCGUUACCGACGAGAACCCUCGCCACGUCGAGUAUCUCGUACGUUGGAAGGGUUACCUUGAUGAGGAGGCUACCCGGGAGCCCCUCGAGCACUUGCAGCACGCUCGCAUGUUGGUGUGUACCUAUGACCGUGCUCGUCGUGCUGGGUUCACUGCUCCUCCUCAGCCCACUGACCCUCCUGCUUCUCCUCCGGCUGAGGAGACCGCUGAAGUCGAGCCUGCUCCAUCUGAGGCAGACCUUCAGCAGCAACCGGAUGCCUCUGAGCGUCCACAGCGCACUCGUUGUCGUCCUGCUCGAUAUGACGAUUGACUCUGACUUACCUUUUCAUGUCUUUGACUUCUCAAUACUCCAUCCUCAGUUUUGCUACUUCAGCUCGUCGACGCUGCGGCUCUUCCUCGACGGCAUUCCGGACUUUUCAUCGUGGACGUCAUCGGCGGCUUCAUGGACUUCAUCAUGAUCAGCUCUUCCUACUUCAGAUGUCGUCACUCUCUUACCACUCUACCCUGUACAGUACCCUACUUGUGUCGCAUGAUGCUCUCCCUUUAGUCGGGUUCCUCUGAGUUGGGCUCUCCCUUGGUAUACGCAUAGGCAUCG